AUGGUCAGUUGUCCUAUCUGCGGCAAGUCGGUGAACGCAGCCCGAAUCAACAACCAUCUCGACUCGGACUGUGUGGAAGAUGUUGAAGUUGAAAUCGACAAGAACACCAACCUCAACGCCGACCAGAAUGUGGGUGGUGGUGGCGCCGCAACCGCAACUGCAUCUUCUCCCAUCGUCGCAUCGCUGUUCAAAACCCCCGCCGGCUCAAACAGCAGUGUGAAGCGCGAGUCGUCUGCGUCGUUUGUGUCCUUUUUCUCUUCGUCUCAACCUGUGUCGGCGCAGUCGACUACUGACUCUCGGCCGACGUCGCUCAAACGGUCGUUUGAUCAGCAUGUCCAUGCCUCCUCUGUGCACACGAAUGGCUCUACCACAAAGCGACCUUUUGAGUUCUCAUCCACGCAGCCUGUCUCGAGUUGUGCGACAGUAUAUGGAAGAUUGGAUUCGUUGACGGGAACGCAACAUAAGGCCAAGACUGAGGUGGUGGGCAAGGAUGGCCUAGAAAACGGAAACGAAUCUGGUGAUGGUGAUGAUGGAGUCGUUGGUGCUGAAUCAGAACCAAAACCACCACCACCACCACCACCACCUUCAACAGCAGGGGCAGCACAACCCCCCAACAAGAAAGUCAAACCGAACAAACCACCCAACGCAUAUGAAAAAGCCGCCCCCCUAGCCGAACGCAUGCGCCCCAAGACCCUCGACGAGGUAUGUGGCCAAGACCUCGUCGGACCUGACGGCCUACUCCGCGGGUUGAUCGAACAAGACCGAGUCCCCAGCAUGAUCCUCUGGGGCGGCGCAGGAACCGGCAAAACGACAAUCGCACGCGUAAUAGCAAGCAUGGUCGGCAGCCGGUUCGUCGAGAUCAACAGCACCAGCAGUGGCGUCGCCGAAUGCAAGAAACUCUUCACCGAAGCACGCAACGAAUUAUCUCUAACAGGUCGCAAAACAAUCAUAUUCUGCGACGAGAUCCACCGCUUCUCGAAAUCACAACAGGACGUCUUUCUCGGUCCCGUGGAAGCCGGCCACAUCACAUUGAUCGGAGCAACGACCGAAAACCCAUCGUUCAAAGUCCAGAAUGCCCUCUUAUCGCGCUGUCGAACAUUCACGCUCCAAAAACUCACAGACGAGCAUAUCUGUGCGAUUCUAACUCGAGCACUUGAAUCCGAAAGAGACAAAUACACUCCUCCGCCCUCGGCAUCCCUUCUCAAUGACGAAUUAAUCAAAUACCUAGCAUCAUUUUCCGACGGCGACGCACGCACGGCAUUAAAUCUUCUCGAACUCGCAAUGGGCCUCUCAUCCCGCCCGGGAAUGGAUUUGUCGUCUCUCAAACAAUCCUUGACAAAAACACUCGUCUACGACCGCGCGGGGGACCAGCACUACGACACCAUUUCAGCCUUCCACAAAGCCGUUCGGGGAUCCGAUCCCGACGCCGCCCUUUAUUACUUAGCGAGGAUGCUUCAAUCCGGCGAAGAUCCACUAUACAUUGCGCGCCGGAUGAUCGUCAUUGCUUCUGAAGACGUCGGAUUGGCCGAUCCGAGUCUACUCCCUCUCGCUACGGCCGCGUACACGGCCGCCGAGAAGAUCGGGAUGCCUGAGGCUCGAAUCAAUCUCGCUCAUGUCGCUGUGUCGCUGUGUCUGGCUCCUAAAUCUACGCGUGUCUACCGGAGUCUGGGGAAUGCAAUGCGUGCGAUCAAUGAAGAGCCUGGUGUCGCGGGUCUGCCUAUCCCGUUUCAUCUUAGGAAUGCACCCACCAGACUUAUGAAGGAGAUUGGGUAUGGGAGGGAGUAUAAAUAUAAUCCGAACUAUCGUGGUGGGAAGGUCGUUCAGGAGUAUCUCCCUGAUGCCCUGAAAGGUCGAAAGUUCUUUGAGGAUGGUGAUUUUGGGGAUAUGGUUGAUCCGGAUUUGGUCCUGCAGGAGCAGGAGCAGGAGAAGGUGGGAGGGACGAAUAGAGAGAAUGAGAGUGAAAGUGAGCGUUAA